GGGGUCGGUGGUCAUUGUUUCAGGGGGUUCAAGGUGCAGAAAACGUUUGGUGAUGUGCUGACAUGGGAGGGUAUAAGAAGUCUUGAGCGUCUCCGAGUCAUUUAGGUGAAACUGCAAGGACUGAACUGCACCAGAUACUCGUCGCUGAUGGAGACUCAGUCUGAUUUGGAAGUCAUUUUAGAGUUUCUGGAGGAGUACUACAGACAAAAUACUGAUGAAAAUGCAGAAAACCGAUCUUGUGAAGCAGUUGUGCCUGUAUGUGAAGGAGAUGUGGCUGUGGAUCAAACCACUGAUCAAAGCUGGACAUACCACGAUGCAUCUGACGUCAAACCUGCAUAUCAGACCUUCCUAGCACAUGAUGCCCGAGCAGUCCUUGGCCAAAACACAACAGCGACAUUGUCUGAGCGUGGGUCACUGCCAAACUUUGUUUCAGCGAGACAAUCCACCAAACACCCCGCUGCAGCAGCGGGGAGGGGCAGAAGGCUGCGGCUCUUUCACUUCCUGUUUGAGAUGCUGCAGGAUCCAAGCAUGGCCCACUGUUUGUCCUGGGUGCCAGCGGCGGCCGGCGUUUUCUGUUUCUCCUCCAGGAACAAGGACCAGGUGGCGGCGCUCUGGGGCGAGAGGAAGGGCAACAAGAGGCCCAUGACCUACCAGAAGAUGUCCCGGGCUCUGAGGAACUACGCCCGGUCCGGCCACAUCUUCAAGGUGAAGAAAAAGCUCACCUACCAGUUCAGCCGGGACACCCUGACAUCGCUGCAGAAGGGUCAAGAAGGAGAUCCGGACAUUUGACGCUGCAUUAUACCCUCUGUUUUCACAUUUAACUACUAGCGAUGCCUUUACGAGCAUUUGUAAAUACCGAAACACAAUAAAGACUUUUGCAGAGUUGCUGAGAUGUUAAGCUUAUAGUACAAAUACUCAGUUCAGUAAUGCCUUGUGCUAAAACACCAGGGGAAAUAAAGGGCACAACGUUCUGUGCAUACACACAUCAUUGGCAUGAAAAUAAGUUUGGGGCAUUUAAAGAAACCUUUGAACAGUU